AUGGCCACAUUUGAGAUCGUGCCGGAGUUUUCUAGGAAUGGAAACACGACACAUAAAAACAUAGCUCAUCCUAUAUCUGACACUGAAAUCUUCGCUUACGGUGAAUUUGAUGAAUAAAUUUUGCUGAGUAUCUAUAAAGAACAAUGCAUUUCCAAUUUUUGACAAUUUCUCGAAUUCUCAUCCUACUUUUUUUUUAGGAACCGCGGGAUUUCGAAAUAAAGCUGAAAAGCUUCCUUUUAUUGUCUACCGCUGCGCCUAUUUGGCAGCACUGCGUGCAAAGUUUUUUUCUAUUUCUUUUUGUAGUUAAUACAUUUCUUCAGAGCGAAGAACAAGACCGUUGGACUCAUGAUAACUGCGUCGCACAAUCCGGCUUGUGACAACGGCGUCAAGAUUGUAGAUCCAGAUGGCGGAAUGCUGGCCACUGUUUGGGAGGUUGGCCUUGCCAGUUUUUUGCAUAAUUUAUUUAACUACUGGCUCCAUUUGUUUACAGAAAUGCGUUUUUUUUUUGCGGCGACUCCAAAAAAUAAGAUCUAAAAUAUACUUCUUCUUCUUUUUUUUUGUUGAGGGCAGUUUUCAAAUCUAAAUUAUUGACGACAGACGUACGCGACGGAGUUUGUGAACGCGAGUGACGUCGACUUCGUCUCGCUGUCGUCUUCGCGGGCUCACGCCGCCGGAGCCGUUGGACCGACGCCUCUGGCCGCCGUCGUUUGUGCGAUGGACACUAGAGAAAGCGGUCCUCACUUGAUGCGCGCCGCUCAGACGGCCGUCGAGCAGAUCAACGUCGCUUUCACGGACAAAGGUUUUUUUUUUUCGAUCGAAGAUAAACAGUAUUCUGAAAAGCGGUGGAUUGUGCAAAUGGUUGACUUCUAUCCCAAGAGAUCUGCGUAAGGUGAACAUUGCAGAUCGGGUCAAAACUUCUGUGGUAGAUAGCCCAAUGCAAUGCAUUGGAUGCAUGGCCACUCGAAAACGAGAAUAUUUAUCUGCUAAGCGCCAUAGGAUACGGAGAGAUAACAAAAUGUACAAAAAAAAAGCUUAAAAACUGUUCAAUUUUUUUUAACAAAAAACAUUUUUUUUUCGUAUUUAUUAUGAUAUAGUAAACUACAAAAGUUUUUUAAUAAACUUAAAAUCAGUUUUUGAGCUUUCCCCGUACUUUAUCGACGGACUACCCUAUGGCCGUUGCAGAUUUUUUUUCUUGUUUUUGAGUCUUCAUAUCUAGGACUACCUGUCGCAGAAAUUUGGAACAGAUCUGCAAUAUUCACUUUAAAUUAUUUAUCCCAUCUUCUACUUCUUUUUCUUCUUCUUCUUCUUCUUCUUUCUUCUCCUACGCCUUUGUACCGCUUGAGAGGCGUCGGCGUCCCAAGUCGAUUAGCCGAGGUCCUAUUCUGAUAUCAGCGAUAAUCAGUAGACUGGCUCUAGUGACAUAUCCGUCCUUGUAUGUGACGGCUGAGGAUUUGGAAGCCAUGGUUUCCCACUACCAACGUUUUUUAAACCCCUUGAUUGUGUCGAGGCGGAGAUCGAAUUUGUGAACCUGUGGACCGUAGACAGGCACACAACCUGUUGCGCUACGGCGCGCCCUUCCCCAUUUCUCCCAUGAAAAUCUGAAAUCUAUUUCAGGAGUUCUGACCACUCCGCAGCUGCACUACAUCGUCAAGUGCUCCAACGAUCCCAACUUUGGUGAUCCCAGCGAAGAAAGUUAUUAUAAGACUCUCAGCAGCGCCUUCAUCGAGCUUUGCAAGGUUUUCCUCUCUGCCCUUUUUUGCCAUCUUGCUUUUCCAGCUCACCGAGGAACCUUCCGACACCAAGUAUUCGAGCGAAUUGGUGCUGGACUGUGCCAACGGCGUCGGCGCCCAGAAAAUGCGAUUGCUCCUUGCCGAACUCCCUGCGGGUCUUCUUAAUGUUGAUUUCCGCAACGAAAACGGUGACUUAAACCUGAACGUUAGCUAAACCUCUUUGGUUCAAAUUCGCUUCAUCGUCAUUUCAGUGUGGAGCGGACUACGUGAAAAUUGGCCAAGUAUUGCCUGCCAACAUCGCGAAAACGGAAAAGGUCUCAAAAUGUGCUUCGUUCGAUGGCGAUGCCGACCGCCUCGUUUAUUUCAGGUUCCACCAGAGAUUACCUAAUUAUUAACUGUUUAAUCCUAGGCCGGACGGCAAUGGAAUCAACCUCCUAGAUGGAGACAAGAUCGCCGUACUGCUUGCGAAGUAUUUCAAAGAGGUCUCCCUCAUUUAUUUGUCUCUUUUCGAGAGAAAAUGUUCAGCAACUCGCCUUGGCGGAGCUGGAAGGAACUCUCGAUUUGGGAAUUAUCCAAACUGCGUACGCGAAUGGCAACGCGAGCCGAUACAUCGAAAAAGAAAUUGUAGGCUUUUUUUGCAUUCCGCUCAAGGCAUUUCGUAUCGAGUUUCGUGCUUUUCAUCUCUUUCCUGGUUUUGUGCCAAUCAAGCUCAUUUUUGAUGCAAAUUUUUCCGAUGAGUUAAUGUUGAUUUUAAAAAAUAUGUCUAUAACGAGGAAGAUCACCUUAUUUUUGUUUGAGAGUUCUGAAACAGAACAUCGUUUUAUGAACAAAAAAAGAGACCUGGCUAAAUUUUGGAAAUGGUUUAAUUGGAGUGAACUGGCCUCUUUUCAAUAGUUUUUUUUAUCGAUAAGAUUAUUUCUCGAAAUUCGUGAACAUGUUCAUCCUGCUAGAUAUUUUUUAGGUUCAAAAUUUGGAUUUUAUUGAAAAAAAGAAGAAAGUUAAUGAAGCAUAGAUCUUAUAGUUUUUUGCAGGGCUUGUCUCCGGUUUUUGUCCCGACAGGCGUCAAGCAUCUUCACCACGCAGCCACGAAGUACGACAUCGGUCUGAGAAUUCUUUUUUCGUUCUCAUAUUUCCCUUUUUUUUUUUGCAGGAAUCUAUUUCGAGGCAAACGGUCACGGGACUGUUGUUUUCAGCGAAAAGUUCGACAAGGUCGUUAGGAUGUGAGUUUUCUUUCCUGUAACAGUGACCUUAAAACGAAAAGAACCCCGAAAAUAUGUUAUUGAACACUAUACAACACAAUAUAUAAGGUAAUGCAAUUUUUAAGAAAAAAAAAAUUGAAAAGCGAUUUCACAGGUUCGAAGCGGACAACAUGGCUUUCCGAAGGCUGCAGCUGAUCUCGCGAGUCAUCAACGAGGUCGUGGGCGACGCGAUGGCCGACCUGCUCGCCGUUGAGGUUCUUCUCCGACACUACGGCUGGUCCGUCGACGACUGGGUCGACAAACUUUACACCGAUCUGCCCAGCAUCCAGAUUAAAGUCCCAGUGAGCAGAUUGUAUUAUUAUUACUUUAGGAGCUUUGAAAAAAAAAAAUGCUGAUUGGGACUGAACUACUCUCGUCUCUUUAAAUCCGGUUCCAUCGAUUUUUUUUCUUGAUAUUAAUGAAAACAAAAGUUUUUUUUCUAAAGUUUGCUUUUCGUUUCACAGCCUUGCAUGUCCAGAAAAAAAAAAUGUAAUUCAAAAAAAAAAUGCGUAUUUUUUUCCAUCAGGUGAACGAUAGAUGGCGCUUCAAAACAACUUGGGAGGAAACUACGCUGCUGGAACCUGCGGGAAUUCAGCACAAGAUCAACGAGGAAGUCCUCAAGUACCCCAAUGGUCGGGCUUUUGUCAGGUAUGACUCUGUAAUGAUGAAAUUGUACUCAUGUUUCCGUUUAGGCCCUCUGGAACUGAGGAUAUUGUGCGAGUUUACGCAGAGGCCGAUAUUCCAGCCAACGCCCAGGCUUUGGGGCGACAAAUUGAGAAAUUUGUUCUCGAAUUGUAAAAAUAAUGUAAAUUAAUUGUAAAAAAGCUUUUGGGCAAUAUGAUUGUGAUAUGUAAUUAUAAUUAUAACUGUGAUAUGAAAAACAUAUCUUAUUUUGUGAUAAACUAACGCAUGACGGUAUUAUUGAAUAUUUAAAUGCGAAUAAACAUUUGCAUACUUUCAACUUCAACUAAAACAUUCCGCGAAAUUUCGCUAAUUUUCUUCUUUUUCUCGUCUUUUGUCUUUGACUAAAAAAAAAUCCAGAAUGUCAUCUGAUGAGGAAAAUGAUGAAGAUGAGAUUGUAACACGUCACCGCAAGGAGAAAAAAGAUCUUCGAGGUUGGUUAAUUCAGAAGUUGUUGGAUUAUAAGAUCGCCAUUGACAGAGAAAAUCAAUGUGAUGAAAAAGACGGCGAAAUGUGGCAACAAAGCGAAACAAAAAGAAACUUCUUCUGAGGUUUUGACUCUUCUUGGCUUUUUGAAUCAUAUUUUCAGAUAGAGCGUUUGGAAAAAGAGCUGGAAGAAAGGCACAAGCGGGAAAUGGUCGAACAUCAGUCUUCUGACCAGGUGAGUGUAUAAUUCCAGAAGAGGUUUCGAAAGUUCUGAUGUUUUUAUUAAAUCUCUUAAUAUUUUGAAAGCAAAAAGGUUUCUGCAGAGGUGGAGAAAGGAAUGUAAACGUUCUUUUGAACCCCCCAAAAGCAUGUUAGAAAAAGCCAGAAGUUUUACAUGAAUUUAAUGCUCAGAAUAUCCAAGCCGUUUCUGAAGCCGUCGAGCCUCAAGAAUCAGGCGAAGAGAACGAGGAGAACGAUAGUGCGGAAGAGAAGAGCAAGGGAUUCUACAAGAAGACAAAAGUGAAUCAAAAGACGAAAAAGCGACAAGAAAAGGAGCGAAAGGCGGUCCAGCGGAUGAAGGAGGCCUUAGACGCCGAUCGCGCCAAUUCCAGCACGGCGAUGAAGUUCAGCGAGCUUCUCGCUAUCAACAAGGUGACCUUAGUACUCUCGAAUUGAUCGAUCCCCAAGUUCAGAUCACUGGAGAAAAGAACCUCGAAAUGUUCGAAAUCUCUCCCGACGGAGACUGUAUGUACAAUGCGAUUGCCCAUCAAAUGGCUCGUUCGGGAGUUCCGGUUCGCCUCUGAAGUGUUCUUUUUAUUAUCAAUCUUUUAUUCAGGUCAAUGGCAAGACGCUUCGUCGCAGAUGUGCAGAGUACAUGCGCAAAAACAAAAACGACUUUUUACCAUUUUUGUCGAGGGUCAGAAGAGUUCUAGCAAACUUACGUUAACUGAUUUUUCUGGUUUUCAGGAUGACGGAGAGCCUUUGGAUGACGAUGGCUACGAAAAAUAUUUGGAAGGCGUUGAGAGAAUGGCUGAAAAAGGCGGCGUUUGGGGAGGAGAACUCGAGUUGAACGCGCUGUCACGAGAGUUGCGGAGAGUUAUUGAAGUAUGUUCUUUUCUUUUGGUCUUACCGGAGCAGCCAGUAAAAAUUUUGCUUAUCGAGUUUUUGAUCUCAUUCCUUUUUUGGAAAAAGUAUUGCUGAACUGAGUAUUUGUGUGCAUGUAGACUUCACUGGUAGAACUUGGAACUUACCAGGGAAUGAUCUCUGGCACAGUGGGACUUCUUAAUGAUUCCAAGUUCUCUAGAUUUAGUUUUUCUAGCUGGUUUCAAAUUUGGUCUCUCGAACUCGAAAACUGUCUCUUUGAAAAACUUAUGGACCCUCGAAAGUCGAAUUUCAGUGUCCCUGGUUAAAUUCAUUUUCAGAGGUUGUAUAUAUCUCGUCUUUCUGAUGACAUAAAACGUAUUUCAUUUCUGCAAAAAAGUUUAGACCCAGAUAUGAUUUUUCGAAGCUCCGCCAAACAUAAAGGAAGGUUCGCAUAUCAUAUAGUUAUUUUUUUGUUUGAAAAAGUUUUCAAGUUGCUCCUAAAAAAAUAUUUUCUUUGACAAAUUUGUUUUGAUAGUUUUGGUUUCCAGGGUAUUCCGCUAAUUAAUACAGUUUUUUUUAAAAAUCUUCUCUGCAAACCGCUUUUCCUCCAUAAAAUUUUUCGGUUCCUUAACCCGUGUUCCGUCUUCCUUAAAAUGUUUUUUGCUCCGUAACCGGUCCUUCUCCUUUUUUCGAAAAUUUCUCUUCCGUGCUAUCCUAGAACUUAUAACCUUGUUUCUAUCAUUCCGCCGUCUGCUCCUCGCUGCCGUUUUGCCAACUAUCGCCGGAUCACAGUACAAAAUUUAAAAAAACAACCAUAUCUUCUUCUAAAAAAAUUUCUGCAGAAUAGAAAUUCGUUUUAUGUCAUCAGAAGGACUAUAGAACAUCUGAAAAAUGAGCUCAAUCGGAGGCACUGGGACUUUUCGACAUUUGAGGGUUCAUAACUUUCUUCGCAGAUAUCCUCGGCAACUUUUAGGAUCAGAUUUGAAAUCAGAGUGAGAAACUACAUCUAGAAAUGUUUGUCUCAUUAAGAAAUUCCACUGCGACCGGAGGCCACGCCCUGGUUAAUAUUCUGUCUAAUUCAUUUCACUUUUGACUCUGAAAAUUUUAUCUUCAUUUUUAAUCGUCGUUCUGUUCGUAUCGGAAAUGGUGCUGAUAGAGAGCUUAUUUCAUUAAGUUGUUGAAAGUUUUACACUGCUCUAUUUUGAAAAUUUCUUUCUUGGAUAUUGGCGGUUCAGGUGCUGAAAACAGACGGACUCCGUAGAUACGGCGACGAGUUUGACGACAAAAAACACGAUCCUCUGAGGGUGAUCUAUCUGCGGAGCGCCUAUCGUCUCGGCGAACACUACAAUUCGACGAUACCCAAGUCUUUCUGACACCUAUUUCUGUUUGACAAAGUUCUUCCGUUGGUACUGUCCGGUUGUUUGGGAGUUUAGUAUAUAAAUUCUCUUAUCAGUCAGUUUUUGGUUGUGUAAAGCGAACGAAGACUUUUUAAAACAAAGACAGAGAAGGUUCCAAGGAAUAAAUGCCUUGUAAAUCAAUAAAGAAACGGGCUGAAAGAUUGAGAAAUACGUGAUUUUAAAGGAGUCGACGUUAUCGGAACAGCUUAGGGGUUUGUAUACAAAAGGAAAGUUGGAGUCUACACAAGGCAGACAUGAUGAAACCUGAGUAGAACCAAACCGAUUGCGUGAUAGUUUUGAAAUGAGCAUGGCGGUUCGACGAGGUGAUCGCCCCAGGCGAGAGGCUUAACGCCUGUCGUUUUGUUUUCGAUAAAAGACGUUAUCAAGGCGGUAAGUUCAGUCACGUCGACGUAGCGCUUUCUGUGCAGUCGUCCUUUUACGAUUCGUCGCCGAGCAGCAGGUUCCAUGAGAUUGUUGGCCUGUCUUCUGGCGCUGCUGCCUGCCGCCGCAGCUUAUUCGAGAUAUGCCGCUCCCCUUGAACUCAUGAAGCCUAACUCGGUAAUAUUCAUCCAAUUUUUAGAGGAUCAGGAAAUCUUUCUAGGGAAAGGGAAAUUGCAGUGCUACUGAUUUCGAAAGGCAAAUUUAUCAUUGCCUGAUGAGUUCGUAUGAAAAUAGGUUUCCUAGUGACAGUUUUUACUGUGAAUUCGCACGAGGGCGUAAAUUUUUCAGUCGAAGGCUGAAGAAAAAAAUGAGCUUAAAAAGUUGAAUGACUCUGAAAUAAUAUUUAAGCAAUAAUAAGAUCUGUGUUAACGGAAGAAGAUUUGAGAACGGUGAUUAUGUGGUGGACAUGGUCGUGAAGAGAAAGCUCACGAUGAGCUACAACAAUGACAAUGUGGCGAUGCACGCGACGCCCGUCGACUACGACCCUGACACGGUCAGUUCUGCCCUGGGGUCUCCACAUUCUCCUCGUUCUACAGAGGACAUGGUCGAAGCGCGAGCCGGACCAGCUCAAGCCGUGCUUCCAGAACUACACGAUGAAGCCCAACUCGAUGGCCGACGACCAGGAUCGUCUUUCCGACGUCCUUGUCCUCAACGGCCUUCACGAACGCGCCGUCACCAUCAACGGAAUUUCGUGAGUAGUCGCCAUUUUUCUUUGUUUGCACGGCCUGAGGAAACAUUUUUAUAGACUUGACACCCGAUAAGAUAGUCGGAAAGCGUAAGCCGAGAUUUGCUCUUAUCUGAAAAAAAAGUUGUAUGUACUCUGAUCAGCACUCCUCUGAACUGUCGUUAAAUUCAUACCGCUUGAAACGCUUUUUUAGGAUUAGUCCUAGAUGUGAUCGACUUAUCGUCGCGAAUUUUCUAUAGCUGAGGUUUUCUCCUUCAUUGAUUUAAAAGUCCGAUGCCUGAAUGAAUGAAAUUACAUCGAAAAUCGUUUUCCUUUGAACAAAAAUUACGGGGUCAAUCUCAUUUGAGAAUCUAAAGAAGCACCUUUUUUAAGGCCUGGCAAGACGAUCGUGGUGCCCUACAACGCGAGUGUGCACUUGAGGGUCACGAACAUGCUUCUGUUGGACGGACUGACGAUCCACGUGCACGGCAUCGACAAACACGGAAUGUGGUUCAUGGACGGCGUCGCCUACGUCCAGCAGUGUCCCAUCCACAGCAUGAACCAGUCAGUUCUCUCCAUAAACGAGAGCUCUUUACAAGCAAGGAAAACUCUCUCUCUUGUGUUGUAGCCUUUUCCGAAAACUUAUAUAAAACUGCCUCAUGCAAAAGAUGAGAAUUCUGAUAAUCCUGACUUUUACGCUCUUAGUUUGCGAAAUUAAAACAAAAAAGAAUGCAAUUCAAGGUUUUCCAUGACUUGUUCCAAUAGCGCCAAACGGUGCUCUUUGAGUUUGAGGCCUUUUUCUCGAAAACUAGUAAAAAUAUCAAAUUUUUUGAGUCUCAGAUAGGUUAGCCUUCUGAAAAAAUACCCAUUAAAUUUCUGAUGUUUUCAGCUUCGACUAUCGAUUCCGAGCUGACAACAAAGGCACCCACUGGUACCACGGCCACUUGCAGACAGACAGAAGCGACGGACUCCUAGGCGGUUCGGUGCAAGCGAAAGCCUCAGAAAGUGCCUCAGUUCAGGCUUCAUCGUCGUGGAUCCCGCAGACCAGACAGUGCCGACUUUGGCAGGGAAAAGAGUCAAGCCGGACCGCGAAUACUUCAUGAUGCUGCAGGUGACUCGAGUUUUUCGUGACCCACUACUUGGGAAUAGGACUGGGCGACGAAGUCUGGCGAGGACUCUUGGCUGCAACUCGAAGACAAGACGAUGAAGUGGAUGUACGGCUACGACGACUUCACCAAGUGUUGGGAGCCAACUCGAACUGCCGACGGAGGUUUCACUGCACCUUCUCGUAAUCACAAAAGGAGAUUUGAGCUUUAUAAAAAGAUCAAAUCGCAAGAUGUCGAUAAAACGAUUCUCCUGGAAAUAGGAGAUAUUUCUCCCAGUUUAAUAUGCAAAAAUUCAACUGUGUGUGACAGGCAACGUUGGUGGCGCGAUUCCGAUUUCGGCGCUUUUGGUGAACGACAAAGGUUGGGCCAACCACGACGUCCUCACAAAAAGACCUUUCGACUUGCCCGUCGAACGAUUCCAGGUCAAAUCUGGUGAGUCAGUUCUCAUUUCAAAGAAAAAUAAACCUCUCUCCCAGCUAUUCCCGAAAAAACUUUGUGAUAAUAUAAAAAUAUGAAAUUCUUUAUGAAUAACUCGUCUUCGAAUUGCUUUUUCAAUUUCCAUUUUAAAUAAAAACUUAUCAAUGUAUAGCCAAUCCAUCCCGAAUUGAAAGAAGAGGAGCGCCAAAACUCUUUCUCUGACACACUGUUUCGUCGUUAUCUAGCCGCGAGAAAACGACGAAAUAGUGUAUGGCAGAGAAAGAGUUGUGGCGCCCUUUUGGCGCUCCAUGUCAGAGGGAGGCGGGGAAGGCGGAGGGACGCGUUUCUUGGCACGAUUUCAAGUCAAGCGGUACCGAAUAUUUAUUUUGACGGCUGCAGGCGAGAAAAUCUUGCUACGGAUCGUGAACGGAGGCGUCGCUCAGGAGCUGAUGAUCACGACGGAGGGCCACAACAUGACGGUGGUGGCGGCCGACGGCGUCGAGGUCGUCCCAGCCCACUUCGACAAAGUCAUCGUCUUCCCUGGAGAACGAUACGACAUCCUCAUCGAAACGCUGCCGACUCCCAAGAAGAGCAACUACAUGAUCCAGAUCGAGGCUGUGCAGGUUCGUGGAGAGUUUUGCUCAAAUGUAAGCUUUUGACAGAAAUAUUUCUUCGACUGGAGCGUCAUCCCGACGACUUACACCUUCGCCUUUUUGGAAUAUGAGGACGCCGGUCUCCAGGAGGACACCACAAAACGUUAUUUUGACGACAGAGAAAAACAAACUUCGAUGGUUUGCAGCGAAUCUGGACCAUCCUGGAUGCACCGCCAACAAGCCUUGCACCGUGAUGAACUGUCCUUUCGCCAAGUAUCCCAACGAGAAGCGGCUCACCUGUGUCAGCUAUGACACUCUGAAGAACCCAAAGCCGGAGGAGAUCGAUCCGCAAAUCCUGCAGGACACGCCUUUCUCUGACGGCUUCGAGGUUUUACUGAAUUUUGGAGCCUUACAAAGUCAGUUCCAGGAACACUUCAUCAACAUGCACCACGACUCGCAGAUGGACCAGUUCCUCUUCCAGUUCCCAUGGGGCGUGCCUUACUACCACAGCGACAACAUGGACGACAUCUCCACGGUCAGGAUUCUGCAGUUCGACCCAAGAAGACAUGUUUCAGAACUGCGCCAACACUGAAUGUGCGAACGACACAAACUCCGACGCCAACACGAAAUGUCGCUGUUUCUAUCAUCUCACACACAAGCUGGGCAAUAUUGUUCAGGUAAAGAGUUCCUUUGACUACUUCAAACACUGAGCUUGCACUGCAAUUUUCGAUUGAUAAUUCAAAUAACCAUAAAUUCAGAAAAAAAAGCAGCUUGUUUUUGGACCUUCUCAUUAAUUUUCCAAUCAUUUACUCACGAAGAAGGGAUUCAGAUUACCUUGUUCAAUAUGGGUCUUGGUGGAGGCAUGGGAACCGGUUACGCUCAUCCGUUCCACAUGCACGGGCACCAUUUCUACGUCAUGAAGGUGUGCUUCGAGACAAGAACCAGGGCUAAUUUUUUACAGGUUGGAUGGCCUUCGUACAACGGCAGUGGACUCAUUGACAAAAUGAACCCGGACAUGAGCUGCGCAGGACCAACGGUAAUGAACACAGAAGGCAAGCCAGAAACGUUUGAAUCUUUUGAGGUGAGCUGUAACGCGGCGCGAUGGCGCAACCAGAGUUGGUUCAACGGCGCCGUGGUCGGCAUGAACACCAAGAAUCCGACGCUUCGCGACACGAUAACGCUCCCUGUCGGAGGCUACAUCGUCAUCCGGUUCAGAGCUGUCAAUCCAGGCUGGUGGUUCGCCCACUGUCAUCUCGAGCUUCAUCUCAUGGGCGGUACUGGUUAUGCCUACAGGGUUAGUUUUAAUCUACAUUAGGUAGAUUUAAUGAAAUGAGUUUUGUUAAUAUUUUUUGGCUUCAUGAAAAUGAAUUUCUAUUUAUUCACUUAAUUUUCAUGAUUACGAUUUCCUUCUUUCAUCAUUGAGAAUAAGAAAUAACUCAAUUCCAGGUGGGAGAGCACGAGGAGAUUUAUAUGCCACCUACAAACUUCCCGAGCGAUUGUGGAUCUUUCAGGCUGAAUAGUGUGAGUAAAAACAUGGAGUGAAUCGUGAAAUUUAACUUUUUCAAAUUCUAAAAGUAAAUUUCAGCUGCCUGAGCUGGUACUUCCAUCGCCGAAGAAGUCCUCCUCAAUUAAUGAUUUUAUGACAUCGACAUUGAUAUGUAUUUUUGGUUUUAUUAGCAUAAUUAGAAAUUCAUGA